AUGGAAUAUCCCGGAGUUGCGUUCAUCACAGGCGCAGGUGGAACAGGUAUCGGAAACGCUGUAGCCCUCGCUUUCGUCCGAGCCGGCUGUACCAAGCUCGUCAUCACCGAUAUUAACCCCUCAUCCCUAUCCGCAACCGAGUCCUCUCUCUCCCGCGCCACUUCCCAUCCCAUCGAGAUCCUUGCCAUCAGCGGUGACAUCUCCAAAGAGCAGUUCAUCAGCGACCUCUUCGGACAGGUCAGAUCCCGCUUCGGUCGGAUCGACUAUGCGGUCAACGCAGCAGGCAUCAUCGGCGACCAGCUCUCCACCGUGGAGAGCACACUCGAGGCGUUUGACAAGGUCAAUGGUGUGAACUACAGGGGACUGUGGAUGUGCGUCAGGGAGCAGCUGAAGAUGAUGAAGGAGCAGGAGAUCAGCGCGAGGGAGGGAGUGGCGCCUGGGCGUGGGCAACGGGGGAGCAUUGUCAACAUUGCCAGUCAGCUUGGUAUUGUGGGAAGGCCAAACUCGUCCAGCUACUGCGCCGGCAAAGCCGCCGUCAUCGGCUUGACCCGCUGCGAUGCCAUCGACGCUUCGCCUUUCCGGAUCCGAGUUAAUGCGGUCUGCCCCGGCAUCGUCGAUACCCCAAUGGUCAAGCAUCAACGGGACGUGAUGGAUAUCGAUCCGUCUGUCCCAGUUGUCCCGGGCGACCCACCCUCGGCCGAUAUGGCCCAUUUCAUCGCCAUGGCGCCGAUGAACCGGAUGGGAUUGGCGGAGGAGAUUGCGGAUGUGACUGUCUUUCUGAGUGGUGAGAAGGCGAGCUUUGUGCAGGGUGCUGCGUGGGUGGUGGAUGGGGGGUACACAAUCAACUAG